GAUGGGGCGGGGCACCUCUGGUCCCGCCCUCCGGCUGGGCUCCGCCUUCGCAGGUUGAUGGCAGCAGCAGCUGGGACUGCAGUGGCGCCCGGCCCCGGAGAGCCGCACGCAGCGGCUGGAGCGCGCAGCCCCACACCCGGGCCCAGACGCCGCGGACACCCGGAGCGGCAGUUCCUUCCGGCCCGGCCGCCUACCUCGGAGCCAGCGCGCCCCCAGCUCCCUCCGCAGAGGAGUCGCUGCCUGAGUGCCCUUCGGCCCGCCCAGGACCAGUUCACAGGACUAAGGACCGAAGGCGUUUCUGGGCACUGAGAUCCUCCAUCUCUGCCCCCAGCCAUGAGCCGGCGCGUGGUGCGGCAGAGCAAGUUUCGCCAUGUGUUUGGGCAGGCGGCAAAGGCUGACCAGGCCUACGAGGACAUCCGUGUGUCCAAGGUCACAUGGGACAGCUCCUUCUGCGCCGUCAACCCCAAAUUCCUGGCCAUUAUUGUGGAGGCGGGAGGCGGAGGUGCCUUCAUCGUCCUGCCUCUGGCCAAGACAGGACGAGUGGAUAAGAACUACCCACUGGUCACUGGGCACACUGCCCCUGUGCUGGACAUCGACUGGUGCCCACACAAUGACAACGUCAUCGCCAGUGCCUCAGAUGACACCACCAUCAUGGUGUGGCAGAUUCCAGACUAUACCCCUAUGCGCAACAUUACCGAGCCCAUCAUCACACUAGAAGGCCACUCCAAGCGCGUGGGCAUCCUCUCCUGGCACCCCACUGCCCGGAAUGUCCUGCUCAGUGCAGGUGGUGACAAUGUGAUCAUCAUCUGGAACGUGGGCACCGGGGAGGUGCUCCUGAGCCUGGACGACAUGCACCCGGACAUCAUCCACAGCGUGUGCUGGAACAGCAACGGCAGCCUGCUGGCCACCACCUGCAAGGAUAAGACCCUGCGCAUUGUCGACCCCCGCAAGGGCCAGGUGGUGGCGGAGAGGUUUGCGGCCCACGAGGGGAUGAGGCCCAUGCGGGCCAUCUUCACGCGCCAGGGUCAUAUCUUCACCACGGGCUUCACCCGCAUGAGCCAGCGAGAGCUGGGCCUGUGGGACCCGAACAACUUCGUGGAGCCAGUGGCGCUGCAGGAGAUGGACACGAGCAACGGGGUCCUCCUGCCCUUCUACGACGCCGACUCCAGCAUCGUCUACCUGUGUGGCAAGGGCGACAGCAGCAUUCGGUACUUUGAGAUCACCGACGAGCCACCCUUCGUGCACUACCUGAACACGUUCAGCAGCAAGGAGCCGCAGCGGGGCAUGGGGUUCAUGCCCAAGCGGGGGCUGGACGUCAGCAAAUGCGAGAUCGCCCGGUUCUACAAGCUGCACGAAAGGAAGUGUGAACCCAUCAUCAUGACUGUGCCCCGCAAGUCAGACUUGUUCCAGGACGACCUGUACCCAGACACGCCGGGACCCGAGCCCCUAGAAGCGGACGAGUGGCUGUCGGGCCAGGACGCCGAGCCCGUGCUCAUCUCGCUGAGGGAUGGGUACGUCCCCCCCAAGCACCGCGAGCUCCGAGUCACCAAGCGCAACAUCCUGGACGCGCGCCCGCCCUCCGGCCCCCGCCGCAGCCAGUCAGCCAGCGACGCCCCCUUAUCGCAGAACACGCUGGAGACGCUGCUGGAGCAGAUCAAGGCCCUGCGCGAGCAGGUGCAGGCCCAGGAGCAGCGCAUCACGGCGCUGGAGAACAUGCUGUGCGAGCUGGUGGACGGCACGGACUAGCCUAGCGCAGCGCUCCCGACGGCUCCGAACCUGGAGGGUGAGGCCGGCCGGGCGGGCGCAAGGGCUCGGCCUGCCCAGGCUUCGGGUCUGCAAGCCGGGACCCCGCCUCUGGGCUGGGUACGGGACUGGGAAUGGAACGCCUUCCCCCGCGGGAAGCCUGGACAAUGGAGCCUCAGGGAGACGAGCGUCCGUCGGGCACCGCACCCCUCGGGCACCCACGCCGCGCGCUUCACCCGGGACCCGGCAGGAGCUGGCCUCGGGAGGCCGGGGGACGGGGCCUCCGCCACGGUGCUGCGCGGCCAGACGGCGUCCGCUCUGUCCCGCGCUCAGGGCGGAGGAAGUGCCUAGUUGUUAGCGAGAUGCUUGGGGAGACGGGGAGCUUGGGCUUGACCUCCAAGGGGUGGCGAACCGACGGGUGUCCCUGGACUGGCUGGGAAGUUACAGGCCACGCCCUCUGAUCAGGUCACACGACUCCACCCACGAGAGGUAAAGCGGCCGAGGCCGCCCCAGUUCUACAGACGCGAACCACACGUUGUCUGUGGAGCUGGACCCGCUGGCUGCGCCCAGCAGAGGGCGCUCUCCCUUCCUGCCCACGGGGCAGGGCGGCUUCCUCGAGGGGGAGGGCGAGCAGCACUCGCCCGAGGAAGCAGGUUCACCCCCAGCCCUCUGCGCCCCCCUCACACACACUGCCCCCAGCCCUCUGCGUGGCCCCGGCUCUAGGAGGAAAACAAGUCAUGCGGAAUGAAAUCUUUUACUAAGUGUUCA